AUGGGGCAUAGUGAAAUUGAGCGUGAAAUCAACUCUGCUUUUAGUGCCACCUAUAUGAAAUUACAUUUGAGGGCACAUACAAAAGGAAAACCAUAUUCUUGUGAAGUUUGUAAAAAGGCAUUUUCUCAAAGUGGACAUUUCAAAAUCCAUUUGAGGACACAUACAAAAGAAAAACCAUAUUCUUGUGAAAUUUGUAAAAAGUCUUUUUCUGUUAGUGGAAAUUUGAAAAUUCAUUUGAGGACACAUGCAAAAGUAAAGCCAUAUUCUUGUGAAAUUUGUAAAAAGUCUUUUUCUGUGAGUGGAAAUUUGAAAGUUCAUUUCAGGACACACACGAAAGAAAAACCAUAUUCUUGUGAAAUUUGUAAAAUGUCAUUUUCUGAGAUUGGGAGUUUCAAAGUUCAUAUGAGGAGACAUACGAAAGAAAAACCAUAUUCUUGUGAAAUUUGUAAAAAGGCAUUUUCUCGGAGCGGAGAUUUAAAAGUCCAUUGGAGGACACAUACAAAAGAAAAACCGUAUUCUUGUGAAAUUUGUAAAAAGUCAUAUUCUGAUAGUGGAAAUUUCAAAAUCCAUUUGAGGACACAUACAAAAGAAAAACCAUAUGCAUUUUCUCAUCGUGGACAUCUCAAAAUCCAUUUGAGGACACAUACAAAAGAAAAACCAUAUUCUUGUGAAAUUUGUAAAAAGUCUUUUUCUGUUAGUGGAAAUUUGAAAAUUCAUUUGAGGACACAUGCAAAAGAAAAGCCAUAUUCUUGUGAAAUUUGUAAAAAGGCAUUUUCUCGGAGCGGAGAUUUAAAAGUCCAUUGGAGGACACAUACAAAAGAAAAACCGUAUUCUUGUGAAAUUUGUAAAAAGUCUUUUUCUGAGAGUGGAAAUUUGAAAGUUCAUUUGAGAACACAUACAAAAGAGAAACCAUAUUCUUGUGAAAUUUGUAAAAAGGCAUUUUCUCGGAGCGGAGAUUUAAAAGUCCAUUGGAGGACACAUACAAAAGAAAAACCGUAUUCUUGUGAAAUUUGUAAAAAGUCUUUUUCUGAGAGUGGAAAUUUGAAAGUUCAUUUGAGAACACAUACAAAAGAGAAACCAUAUUCUUGUGAAAUUUGUAAAAAGGCAUUUUCUCGGAGCGGAGAUUUAAAAGUCCAUUGGAGGACACAUACAAAAGAAAAACCGUAUUAUUGUGAAAUUUGUAAAAAGUCUUUUUCUGAGAGUGGAAAUUUGAAAGUUCAUUUGAGAACACAUACAAAAAAGAAACCAUAUUCUUGUGAAAUUUGUAAAAAGUCAUUUUCUGAUAGUGGAAAUUUCAAAAUCCAUUUGAGGACACAUACAAAAGAAAAACCAUAUUCUUGUGAAAUUUGUAAAAUGUCAUUUUCUGAGAUUGGGAAUUUGAAAAUUCAUAUGAGGACACAUACGAAAGAAAAACCAUAUUCUUGUGAAAUUUGUAAAAAGGCAUUUUCUCAGCGUGGACAUCUCAAAAUCCAUUUGAGGACACAUACAAAAGAAAAACCAUAUUCUUGUGAAAUUUGUAAAAAGUCAUUCUCUGUCAGUGGAAGUUUGAAAGAUCAUUUGCGGACACAUACAAAAGAAAAACCAUAUUCUUGUGAAAUUUGUAAAAAGGCAUUUUCUCAUCGUGGACAUCUCAAAAUCCAUUUGAGGACACAUACAAAAGAAAAACCAUAUUCUUGUGAAAUUUGUAAAAAGUCUUUUUCUGUUAGUGGAAAUUUGAAAAUUCAUUUGAGGACACAUGCAAAAGAAAAGCCAUAUUCUUGUGAAAUUUGUAAAAAGGCAUUUUCUCGGAGCGGAGAUUUAAAAGUCCAUUGGAGGACACAUACAAAAGAAAAACCGUAUUCUUGUGAAAUUUGUAAAAAGUCUUUUUCUGAGAGUGGAAAUUUGAAAGUUCAUUUGAGAACACAUACAAAAGAGAAACCAUAUUCUUGUGAAAUUUGUAAAAAGGCAUUUUCUCGGAGCGGAGAUUUAAAAGUCCAUUGGAGGACACAUACAAAAGAAAAACCGUAUUAUUGUGAAAUUUGUAAAAAG